GUUCAAGAAAUCAAUCUGAGAUUCUUAAAGACAAGUUUGUUGGAAAUGUCCUGAACUUAUGCACCUCAAAAUCCACCAUUCCACGAUAUUCCACGGUUUCGGGAUCUGUUUGGGGAUGCUUGGGAUCAGGGUCCAGCCCCUGUGUCUUUGGCCUCAGCAACGGUUCAAGUCAGCCCACAAGUAUGCUAUAAUACUUCUAAUUCGACUGGUUAGUGCAGCCCCGAAGCCAGGUUCCCGCAUAGGGCCAGAAACUCCAGGAGUGAGAAAGAUGCCCAAGAAAGACGAGAAAUUGAAAGUCGAGGUGAGACAAAAAGCCUUGGUGAGUCAACAAGGAUCCCUAUUACUUCCACAGAUUAGCUGCGGAUUCCACGCCCGCAGGGAUUGGACAGCCGAUGUUCUUCGCAAGAACUUGGCCAUAAAGUUAAAUCUGGAUGGAUCCGAAUAUGCAGGCAUUUGUGCUCAACUGCAGAUUCGUGUGGUUGGCAAGGAAGAUACAGAAGUUCCAGAGGAUCAGUGCAUGGGAACCCUCUAUGAUCAAAACCGCAUCCGUGACACGCUCCAUCUGAUACUGAAGGAUGAGUCAUCCUCAGUGGAACAGGUGCAGCCUGUGGCGCCUGUGGAGGCUGCGGAGCCUCCUGUGGAGCCUCCUGUGGCUCCUGUUGGGACGCCUGUGGCUCUUGUGGAGGCUGUGGUGCCCGUGGAGCCAGUGCCAGUGGAGGAGUUUCAGUCGAUGGACGUGGCGGCUGCGGAUGAAGCCGUAAAUGCCUCGGAGGUGGAGAGCCAGGCAGAGGCUGAGCAGCUGCAGGCACAGCUGGCUCAAACCAAGCGCCAGGAAGCGGAGUGGGAACUGCUGACGCAGGAGCAAGAGAAAAAGAGAUCAGAAUCUCAGGCCCAACUCUUUCGAGAGGAGAUCCACGAGGAGAAGACGGAGAGUGCCGAAGUGAAGGCUGCCUUGAGCAAGGCUCAGGCGCAGAUUGCAGACUUGGAGAACGAGAAACUGCAGCUGAGGGACAGAGUCUCUAAGAUGGCAAAAGAAUGGUCUGAAGAGAAGAAAGAGAAGGACAUGGCGGUGCAGGAACAGGACAGGUGCACCGGGGCAAUGCACAGGAUGGAGAAAGAGAGGAGGAAAGAGGAGACUAUGCUGAGAGCAUUGGAGAGAGACUAUGCAGAGCAGAAGGAGGAGGUGGCUGAGCUGAGAGCUGCAUUGAAGAAAGCCGAAGCAGAGAAGGAGGAGCGAGAGAUGGCAGACGCUUGGACGAUGCUGCACUCCUCGGAGAUGACAGCUGCUGAGCUCCACACAUCCCAGCCGUGACUGCCAUCCCGCACCUGGACUGACUUGAAUCUGUUUGUAAACAGGCGUAAAAAUCGCCCUGGCUUGGCUCAAAACUGAAGAGCUGAAGUUGUGGCCCAGGAAAUCUAGAGAGAUUGAGAUACUCAGUACUCUCCCGGCAUUGUACAGAGCUUGUGGGCCGCAUCUCCCAACAAAGCAGACUGGAGGCAGACUGCAAAUCGAAAA